AAAGGGAUGGAGAAAUUAUACACGAAAAUAACCGCUGACUUUUCGACAGCAGCGCAAUAUUCCCAAACAUUUAAAGCUGCCAAUCAGGAUUAAUGGGCUUUAAAAGCUCGCCCAAGAGGGAAUGGGGAACAGACUGACGAAAGCUAUAAACCGCAUCGGUAUUUUAGGAGCAAGGAGGCUGUGUCAGUACACUGGACAUUGCAUUCUAACCACACCGAGUAGGAGCAGCUUCGAGUGCGUCAUGUGUGUUAUCAAAUGAAAGCGUGUUUGAAAAAGAGACGCGUGGACGCCCCCGUGAAAGUUGCCUUUGAAAAACUUUUCUGAGCCAGUCAAACGGGGAGGCUUAAGUAUUUUGGUCAUAUCAAGAAGGUCCACAUACUGCUUCUUUCAAAUAGACAGCAGUUUAAUGACACUCUUUUUUCACGGAUUCUAAGCAGCGCGCCAAAAAGGGAACUGCGACGUUUCUAAAUUACAAAAUCAAAAACGGUUGCACAAGUGACAGUAGGCUAUAUUAUUGAUCUUGACUUGCACGGACAUCUGAAUUUCGGAGCAUUUCGAGUUUUGACAUACAGUCUACAGCAGUUAAUUGGACAUGAUGGAGCUCCAGAAUUUGUGUAGUAUUGUACUUCUCCCAAUUCAAAUGCUAUAUGGCAUACUCAAAGCAGGCAUGAGCCUGUUGCUUCCCUGCAAAGGCAAAGACUUGAGUGGGGAUGUUGUAUUAAUAACCGGCGGUGGAAGAGGCAUCGGUCGUCACCUUGCGCACGAGUUUGCGAAGCAAGGGGCGAAAAAGGUGAUCUUGUGGGGCCGCACAGAGAAGUGUCUGAAGGAGACCAGUGAGGAGCUCACGCAGCUGGGCACGGAGAGCCACUACUUUGUGUGUGACGUGGGCAACCGGGAGGAGGUGUACCAGCAGGCCAAGGUCCUCAGGGAGAAGGUCGGUGAUGUCACUAUUCUGGUCAACAAUGCAGCUGUGGUCCAUGGGAAGAGUCUAAUGAACUGCGAUGACGACGCUCUCCUGAAAACGCAGCACAUCAACACGCUUGGCCAAUUUUGGACCACGAAGGCCUUCCUGCCCCGAAUGCUGGAGCUACGUAACGGCCACGUAGUGUGCAUCAACUCCAUCCUCUCCGUCGCAGCCAUCCCUGGGGCCAUCGACUACUGCACAUCCAAGGCCUCCUCGCUGGCCUUCAUGGAGAGCCUGACGCUCGGGCUGCUGGACUGCCCAGGUGUGGGCUGCACCACCGUCCUGCCCUUUCACACCAACACAGAGAUGUUCCAGGGCAUGAGAGUCCGGUUUCCGCAGCUCUUUCCUCCGCUGAAGCCUGAGGUGGUGGCCCAGCGCACUGUGGACGGGGUCAGGAGUAAUAAAGCUUUUGUAUAUCUGCCCUGGACCAUGCAUAUCCUCAUCAUUCUGAAGAACCUCUUGCCUUUGGCCGCGUUGGAGGAGAUCCAGCGAUUUGCGGGGAGCUACACCUGCAUGAACACAUUCAAGGGAAGAACUUAGACGCCAUCUACAUGCGACAGGCAAUCAAAAGGAAACAAGACAUCAUGAGCUUGUGUGCACUGAAAAGAAGGAAAAAAAAACACAGCGUACACACUCUUGUUUGAGCAACAUGGUGGCAACAGGGGUCUUAGAAUCACCAUACAGCUGUCUUUACAACCAUAUCGCCUAUGUGAAAAGGGCUUCAUGAUCUUAGAUGCUAUCACCAGGAACCUUGAAGCUCUUGACUGAACGGUACAUAUCCUUGGUCCACAUUGUACUCCUCUGUGAAAUCUUGCUUCAGACUGGGAUACUGUUUGGAGAGGCGGCUUAUGAAAAAAAAGACAUGUUUCAUUGAAGGAGUUCUACCCACUAGACGCCCAUGUCUGGGUUGGCUUGGGUUAUACGUUGUAGAUGUUUAACAAAUUUUAAUCUUUUUUUUUUUUACUUUUUUUUUAAAAUAAAAAUGCAUCUGAACGUUUUUAUUUUUUGUUUGUUUGUUUGCACAUAAUAAAUACAUCUCAUUUAUCAAUAUUGAUGCUAAUAUUGAAUAAAUAUGGUAUUUAAUCCUG